AUGGCGUCUCCGGACGGUACCAUCUCCAACGACACGCGCGGGUGGAUCCUGUGUGCGAUCAGCGCCAUCGCGUGCGUCGCCGGCGCUGGCAUCGUGUGUGUCGACAUCUUCAUCCGCAUGCUGCCGGGAAAGAAGAGCUUCAACAUCCAGGAUAGCAGUGCCUUUUUGUCGUCCUCGUUGAGUCUCAGCUUCGGCGUGAUGAUCUUCUCCUCCCUUUUCAGCAUGCUGCCAUCCUCCAAGCGCUACCUUGUUGACGAUGGCCUGACCGACCAGGCUGCCGGCCUGCUCAUGAUUAGUGGCUUUGCCUUGGGCUUUGUCGGCAUGCAGAUCGUGUCCCGCAUCAUCCACCGCUUCAUGCCGUCCCACGUCGUCGACUGUGAUCACACCCAUGAGGACGACGAUGACGACGAUGACGACGAUGACGAGCCAUCACACUCUCACGCACACGGCUCUCACGGCUCUCAUGGCCGCAGUCGCGGCCACGCCCACCACCACGGCCAUGAUCAUGAACCGUCCCCCAGCACCUACUUCCGCGUAGGCACCAAGCCCCGCUUCGUCUCACGCAAGUACUUCCGCCAGCGCUCCGUCGACGCUACUGCGACCGAGUCUACUCCACUCCUCGCAACCGUCGAGACGGCAAAUGCAACUGUCCCAGUAGGCAUUGCCGACGCGCGGGCGUCCCCGCAACGCCGGCUCUCCACACGAAGCGACGAUAUCGUCGCGGCCUCCAACCCGCCCACAAUAGGUGGCCUACAGCCGAAGCGAUCCCUCUCCAAUCUGCGUGCACCGUCCAUGUUCAAUGUCCGCAACCGCGUCAUCUCCUUUGUCCAGGACAUCAAGUCCAACUGUGACGAGUUUGGCCCGUGCUACGGCUACACCGACCCAUGUGGUCAAGAGUGCAAACGGACAAUCACUAUUAAGACGCCGACAUCGACCCUCCGGGGCAGUGUCCUUCCGCACCCGCCAAAACGUGCAGCUUCCACACCGUCCUCCAACUGGGAGGGCACAGUCGUAGUACCCGAAGUCGUGCCCGAAGAAAAUGGUGGCGAUACCAGUGCGAGCGUCAGCCGGCCUGAGUCUCCCGGUGCCACUGGUACAGUACGAAGGCACCGUGUCGACACGCACGGCCACAUUGAAACGUACGAACACGAACACGAUACCCACUUGUCCGCCGGCAGUGGCGAGUCAUCGACGAACGUAUCCAACGAAGAGGCCGGCAACAACACCACCAAGCAUCACGGCCAUGAUCACGAUGGUCACCACGACCACGACCACGAUCACGACGAGGGCCACGAGCAUGGCCACUAUUACGAGGACGACCCCGACGCUGAUGUCGAGGCCGGCGCCGCUACCGGCGGCGGCCACCCACACCACCACCACGUCCCCGCCAACGCCUUUUUGUCCAUUGGUCUCCAGACGGUUCUCGCCAUCGGCCUCCACAAGUUCCCCGAGGGCUUCAUCACCUUCGCCACCAACCACGCCAACCCGGCUCUUGGCUUCAAUGUGUUCAUGGCCCUCUUUGUGCACAACAUCGCCGAAGGCUUCGCCAUGGCCCUGCCCCUCUACAUGGCCCUCGGCAGCCGCCUGCGCGCCAUCCUCUGGGCCGCCGCCCUCGGUGGCCUGAGCCAGCCGCUCGGCGCCGGCUGUGCUGCCCUGUGGCUGAAAUACAUGGCGCGCAACGACAACGACUCGGGCGACGGCACGGCAUACGGCAUCCUGUUCGCCGUCACCGCCGGCAUCAUGGUGGCCGUGUCCCUUCAGCUGUUUGUCGAGAGCCUGACGCUGCACCACAACCGGCAGUUGACGGUUGCAUUUGCCUUUUUGGGCAUGAUGCUGCUCGGCAUUAGCAAUGCUAUUGGCACGCACUGA